AUGGCUCGUGUUAGAGUUCUGCUUCUCAUCUUAUCUGCUUCACAGGACUCGCCCCGGAACAUCCCACCGGGAUUGAGCUGGUCCAAGGUCGAUUACAAUGAUAAGACAAAGUUGGCUCGGGCUUUAACAGGCUUUGAUGCUGUUUUAUCGUUCAUUUUGGUGUUCUCUGAUGAGGCAUAUCGGGCUCAGCUCAACUUGAUUGAUGCAGCUAUUGGAGCCGGCGUUAAGAGAUUUGCUCCAAGUGAAUGGUCAAUGUUUGUGCUGGACCACUAUCCAAUGUACAGCUACAAGCUUCAAACAAGGCAGUACUUGGAACAUUUGAACAGAGAUGGCAAGCACAAGGUUCUUGAGUACAGUUUAUUCACUCCAGGAAUUUUCAUGGACUACCUUGGCCCACCAGAGAAAUUAAGCCAGAAGAACCUCUCUUAUAGUGGGCUAUUUAUCGACUUUGAGAAAUGCCGCGCUAUUCUUCCAGAAUACACUGACGCCCUUAUUUCAUUCGUUGCAGUUGACGACUUAAUCGCAGUCGUAAACGAAGCCUUGGAGUUUGACAGUGAUUGGCCUGUCAUCGGUGGCAUUUCUGGGAGUAGACUGACUAUCUCUGAACUCGUUCAGCUUGGCGAGAAAAUUCGAGGUGAGAAAUUCACAAUCGAAGUGGUUGGUCGGCACGACCUCCAGCUAGGCAAACUUGGGACGUCUUGGAUACCGGGCUCUCACCAUUCUGGCACUUCCAGUCAACAGCAAUUGACGAUGGAGCAAAUGACAGCAUAUACGCUCUUGGCAAUUCCUGAUGGGCAUUGGAACCUCUCGGAUGAAUGGAACAAGCUUCUGCCAGCGCACAAGUUCUUGGAUAUUGAGACAUUUCUAAGAGAAACUUGGAGUUAG